AAGUACCUAAAGAGGAAAGAGAUAAAAUCUACCUGCGGAUCCAAAAUUAUCACGGAGAACAGCGCAGGGAGAGGCAGAAAGGCAUUGGCGGGAGGUCGCCGGGAACUUGGAAGGUUGACCCGUGAGAGAACCAGAGAGGGUGCAAUCGGAGGCGGGAGACGAAGGGAAUGGCGGAGGCGCCCCUGUUGUCCGAGGCAGGGUCUGGCGACACCUUGGGGGAAGACCAUCCGGUGGAGAGGGAGACGCAGUUGGCGGGCGAGAUGCUGGCGCGGUGGCUUCCCUUUCUCUCGCGCGGCCUAUGCAACCACUGCUCCCGUCUCCUCAUGGAUCGCGCCAACCACCUCCUGGCCUCCUGCAGUCUUCCACCUUUUGACGAGGAAAACUCGUUGGCGAAUCCCUCAGAAGUUGCUGCUCGUUCAUAUGAUGAUGGGCACUGCACGGAGUACCCGUUAGAAGAGAUUGCUUAUGCACAUGAAGAUGAAAACUGGCCGGAGAACCUAUCAGAACCGACUUCUCCACGUGAGAAUAGUCAGUUUCCGGAAAAUCAGUCAGAGUCGAUUUCGCCUCGAUACAAUGACGGGCACUUGUGGGAAAGCCCAUCUAAACGGACUUCAUCACCUCAAUGUAAUGACAAGAGCCCGGAGGAGAACUCACCGGAAGCAGCUACGCCUCCACACAAGGACAAAAGCUUGUUCUUGGCAGAGAAUUCAGCUGCGAGCAACACCACUCACAUGUCGUGGGCUGAUAUGGUACAAGAGGAUGAGCUCGAAGAUCUGGCAGCAGUUAAUUCUCGAGCAGAAUCUAGCAGGGGCACCAAUGGUGAGGAAGGUCCAAAGGAUGUGAAGAAACCAUUCUUAUCGAGGAGCCGUAGAGAGUACUUACGGUUCAUGAAUGUUGGAAGGAAGACGGAUUUCAUUUGCUUGGAGCGGGUCAAUGGCAAGAUUGCCAACAUACUGGAGGGACUGGAACUUCACACGGGUGUGUUCAGUGCUGCCGAGCAGAAGCGGAUAGUUGAUUGUAUCUACGGGCUUCAAGAACUGGGGAAAAGUGGGAAGCUUAAAGCUCGUACAUAUUCCGAACCGGAAAAAUGGAUGCGUGGCAAAGGGCGUGUUACAAUCCAGUUUGGUUGUUGCUAUAACUAUGCUCAGGAUAAAAAUGGCAAUCCGCCGGGAAUAUUGCGUCAAGAAAUUGCUGAUCCUCUUCCUCCACUUUUCAAGGUUAUGAUUCGACGGUUGGUUGGGUGGCAUGUGCUUCCACCUUCAUGCAUCCCUGACAGUUGCAUUGUAAACAUUUAUGACGUUGGAGAUUGCAUACCCCCACAUAUAGAUCACCACGACUUUGUCAGGCCGUUUUGUACAGUUUCAUUUCUCAGCGAGUGUAACAUCAUCUUUGGAACAAACUUGAAGGCUAUUGGUCCAGGAGAGUUUUCGGGUGCAGUAGCUAUACCGCUGCCAUUAGGAUCAGUUUUGGUCUUGAAUGGGAAGGGAGCAGACGUGGCCAAACAUUGUGUUCCAGGAGUCCCUUCCAAAAGGAUCUCUGUCACGUUCAGAAAGAUGGAUGAUAGCAAACGUCCAGUUGGGUUUGUACCGGAAAAAGAUUUACAAGAUAUUGAGCCUCUUCCAUACAGUGCCAACCAAAUAAGGAGAAGUGAAUCGGAUAAACAUCGAAAUCAUGAAAAUUUUUCAGGGGAAAAAGAACGAUAUCAGGGUAAUCCUUUUCAUUCAGGAAGUACCCGAUUUUCUGGAACUCGUAGUUCUGCAAAUAGAUCAAGGGGCGGGCCAAGGAGAUCAAGGCGCUAAUCUUUUUGGAAUCAUGUGUCUUUAAAUAACCAUAUUCUAUCUAGUGUGCUCAUAUACUUGUCAUCAACUGCCAUUUUCGACAUCAUUUUGUUCUUGUAAAUAGAUUGGUGAGGCGGCAUGGAGCUUUGAUUGAUUUGUUCAACUAAAUCUGUUUAACGCGAUAAAUUCUGUUCCAAUUUUAUCGGAUACUUGUCAUAUUUUGAACUCUGUGCGAUGCCAUGUAAACUGGCUCUGGUUUCCUUUUGGCAAUAGCUGUACAAACAGAAUCUUUGAUGGUGUCUACUAAUGUGUUACGAUCAACGGCACGCUGAACCUUUGAAUAUUUCAUUUGAUCGGGAGUAGGAUGUGUGGCUGUUUUUGUACCUUGCUAACUGGACAAGGGGAUCCCCUUUAUAAAAAAUAUUAAAGAUAAAACUCACAAGUGUACCUGGUUAGACGGUGUAUGUUUAAUUGAACAAUGUCAAUAAUUUCAUGAUUCUUGGUGUGCAUAGCUCGCUUUAAAGUGAGUUAUGCAAAAGGGAAGUUCUCUGCUCCCUGGUGGGUCUACCUGUCAAAAAGUGGGUAAAAAGUUUGUAGUGUUAAAUAUGCUGCUUCCAUUAGUAAAGCAGUAAAUUACGAAAUAAGAAGAGAAUAAUAUUUUAAUAGAUUUUACGAUGACCCUUCUGAAACAAGAAACCACGUAAAGGCUGUUAGAAGUUUAGAACGACGACUGAUUUUUGGAGAAUAAAAGUCUAUAGAAUAGCUACCUUGAUUUUAAGAGCUAUUAUUAUUAUUAUUAUUAUUGGUAUAGCUCAAAUGAAUGAAAGCACCAUCGUUUUGUCCAUAUACAAACCCUUCGGAAUCAAGGAAUUGACUACAUAGACAGCACCACUUUCUUUUGCUUGUGGCAGAGAGCCACCGUCCAACCUCACACGUGUCCCAACCACUAGUUGGUGGCUCACGAUCUUCUCUUCAUCACCAAUAAAGAUCAAUCCAUACAGCUAAAAAGAAGCGCCCGUACACAAGAAAACCGUGGAACUUGAGACGACAUGCUUUCUUCAGCAACCAAGUGUUUUGGCAACUUCAUAGAAUCACAAUGUUCAGCGCCUUGAUCAAAGCCACGAGAGGAGCUGUCUGUGAAGGAGAUCAUCCCUGCGAAGGCCAACAUUAGGUGCCGCUCUCAGAUUCCCUGCCAGCAGGGUUUCCUAUGCAGAUUCGAUCACAUAUAUCGUGAGAAAUAGACCAACUUACAAAUUAGCGAUUAUUUGCAUAUGGAAAAGAUGCAGAAGUAGGCAAAUUUCAGUUUCAAAGAAGUGACCCCUGAUUACGUCCGAGGCAUGGCUUCUGGAUCGGAGCGCGAUCCCAUCCUAAUUCUUCGUAUUGAUGGCGAAGAUCUUCAAGAAUUUCUUGCUGCACCUCAGCUGGAGACCAUCGCAACUAGCAUGUAUUCAGAAAUUGCAGAUGCAAACGACAUACAUGAGUGCACUGUUAAGGCCUUGAACAAGCUUACUGUGGACCAUGGAAUGCCACCAACAUCUGAUCCAUGGGUCCAUGCUAACAUCGUGGAGCCAUCUCUGCAACUAAGUGAUUUACCAAGGAACGAGGGCCCAAUAUCUCAAGAGAUCUUCUUUGAGUCGCUUAAGAAAGUUCUGGGAAAUGUUGUGGCUAAACUGAAGGAUCAGCCUGUAAUAGUUGCCCAUAGUGAGAAAAUAUUUGAUGGAAGUGGCAUAAAGAGGCUCUUCUCUAACAAUUAUCAAAUGGAUCAGGCACUAGACUCAGCAUGGAAAUCCCUACCAAAGGAUCAGCAAGGACAGCUCUCAAGGGAGUAUCUACGUGUUGCCUUGGAUGUCAUAGCUCCAGCAGUGAGCCUUCCCGCUUACGGCACCGUGGAUCAGAUGGAUGCAGCAACUGCUCAAGUGUUUGAAAUGGUGAAAGCAGGAGAAGAGAGCACACUUGACCAAGAAGAGUUCAACAAGCUGAUUAUAGAGAUACUCACCCAUUUGAUGCUCAAAUUAGAAGGAAACCCAGUGACUGUGUCCUCAAACGCUGUGGUAAAUGAACCUAUUACCUCAACACUUGUUGCACCAUCACAGUGAAAUCAGCCGGGUGUCGAACUCGAUGCGGGCACAUGGCAGGCAGUGACAACAGCAAGAAGAUGCUCAAUUAUAUUAUAAAUUAUUGGUUGUAUUGCAUUAUAUAUUAUGAUUGGUUGUGGUGCAUUAUUAAGCUUGUAAUGGAAGAAGAACCCCUAGAAAUAGACCUUUUUGUUUCUUUUUGCAAAAGAACGUCUAAAAAAGCUUUUGGUCGGUUCCUAACUUGGGGUCCCCUCUCGAUAAAACAAGAUGCGGCUGGCCCAUGAACUCAAAAGCAUCAUUGAAUUAUUCACAAAGAUAUGCAUCGAUUUUGCUUUUUCUCUAA